GAAACAGAGCUUUGAAACCGACAACAAUGGCGGCCCUGGCUUGCUCAUUCCCUUUACAGUGUCUAAAAACUCAGAGAAAAAGCAACCCACAAUCACAUCUUGAAUUCGCUUCUCUUCGGAGUAAUAUCAAGUCAAAGGAAACAGGAGUUGUUGAUUUUACCGAACCUUCUAAAGUAUAUGAGAACGUGAAGCAGGAUGUGCCAUCUUCAGAUGCAUCUCAAAUAGCUAACAACCUCUCAAACUUGGGCCAGAACUGCAACAGAGAAGAUAUUUCAACCGGAGACUGGCAAAGGGACAAGAUGUUGGAGAAGAUCGAGUUCGAGUGCACAGCCUAGUUCUUCCAGAGCAUCCUUCCAGCACCAAUAUCUACUUCUGGAGAGGUAAGUUCUAGCUCGUGUUUCUGUUCUUAUCUAACUAAGAUUAGGGAAGUUGUGAGAGACUGGUAAAUUUAAUCUUUUCUACUCAGAGUGGUUGUUGGGAGGGAGUCUCACAUUGGCUAAGGGGAUGAUUAUAGGUUUAUAACUAAGGAAUACAUAUCCAUUGGUAAGCAAAGCCAUGAGAGCCUGUGCUCAAAGUGGACAAUAUCAUAUCAUUGUGGAGGUUUGUGGUUCCUAACAUCUACCACCAGAGUGGUAGGUUUUUCCUUUCCCAACACAUGUCGUGGCUUGCACCACAGGUUUACGCUCUCAAACAUUAUGUUACAAAAGUGCAAUGUCUAAAGCCAGGCUUGUUACUGGCAAUUAGAAAGGUGGUGCGUCUUAAGGUACCUAAACACACGUCAGUAUAUGCACCUCAAAUUUUCUUGAAUGAUCUUCAUCCUGUAUUGUGUCAAACUAUCGCCUUUCUGUACUACUUUGGCAGAAUCUGGUAUACGGCUGGGAGAAAUUUUUAUAAGGCUUCGAAGGCUCUCUCCUAGUAGCUCAAUCUGAAACUUCAUCUCCGUUGUUCAUUGAACAGAGUGACCUUUCGACCUGAUAACAAAAAGAAGAGUCAGGAGCUCAAGUUAGAGAGAAUUGAAAGAUAAAUUUUGUUUUUCAUUUUCCUUGUGUACAUGGAGAAAUUAAAUUAUAGUUCUUAAAGAAGGGUACCUCUAAAAGGGGUCACUGGGAUA